GUGGAACAAGAUCAGGCAACACUGACGCUGCUGACAUCUUUCCAUCGCUCUCACGGUUCGCUUUCUGCGCUUCCUGCUUGAUAGCGAAGUUCAUAUUAGGAAUUUCUGUGUAAUGGUAUUACUUGUCUGCUCUGCUAUUCCACCUCUGCAUGUUCCACGGCUAACAUGGAAAUGAGAGCUUCUUGGCCAUGGAGUCUUCCAUUAUAGAUGGGUCUGCUGAGGCAGACACAGUCAGUACACAGGCCACUGGUUCUUGCACUAAAAACAGCAGUGCCAAAGAUUAUGCUGAGCCAGUGCCUCCUAAAGAUGGUGAUCAGCCUGCAAAUGAACUGCCCCAGUCCCAUGGUGACCAAGCUGCCUCACAAUGUGCAGCCAUAUCUAUCGACGAAUCAUGUCUAGUCAGUGCAAGUGAAAAGCCCAGUGCCUCAGAGUGCAAGCAGACCAGCAGCAAUUCCCCUCAGUCGCAUAACUGCCCACUAUUAGAUGCAAUCCAGGAGGACUCUGUUCAAGUGCCCACCUCACCAGUGGCCCCACUGCCAGAAGUCCCUGCCCUGAACAAUGAUAGGGUCCAAGCAUCAAGCUCAACACAGUCUUACAGCAGGACAAAUAACCCUACAAGGGAGAAUGCUGCUUCCAUGUACAAGGUCAUUCCUGCACAGAGUGCCGAUGUGGGUGGACCUGCUAUUUUACAGAUCUCAAGCAGUCGUAGCUCUCCUGAGGUGCGGCUGUUUACGGACCCCUGUGCCAGCUCUGAAUCUGACAGUUCUUCGAGGCACUGUGAAAGACUGGACAAGAAAGGGGAGUCGGGGGGGCUCACCCUGUGCCGGUACUCGUCAGACUCGCACCUGCCACGCUGUGUUCGAACACCUACAGAGCUUUCAUCAUGCAGUCAGGAAAGUGACGACAGCGAUGCUUUGCUCUCAGAACUUGAGUCUGAGCUUGAGGGAGCGGAAGGCUCAGACUCGUCUAAACAUGCAUGGGGGCUUCAAAAUGGCUCUCAAGCAGGAACACCAAGGUGCAAAAGGUGUGCCCUCAACUAUGACCUCAUGGAAAAGUUAGAGCAGACCAACUUUGAGCUUCAGCAGCAGCUCAGAUAUGUCAGUGAGAAGACAUCGGCACGCGAAGCUGAAAGCAUGCGUAUGCUUGCAGAAGCACGAGCUGAACUGCUGUCCAAAAAUGACAAGUUGGCCAAGCUGCUGGAGAUGGUGACAAAGGAGAAAGACACUAUGGUAGUGAAGUAUGCAACCAGUGAAAAGGAAGUUAUUCUGGCACGAAGGGCCUUGGAGGACAUGGAGAAGAAGUACCGGGAAGUAGUCAAAGAACGAGACCAGCAUUUCAGCCGAGUGCGCUCGCUCAACAAUGAGCGUGCCCGUCUCUGUUCCAGCCUUGACACCAAGCUAGCAGACAUGGCAAAGCUUCAGAAGGAGCAGGAGAGGCUCAAGGAGGAAUUAUCUGCGCGAGACAUCAAGAUCAAAUGGGCUCAAAACAAGCUCAAGACCGAGGUGGAUGCCCACAAGGAGACACAGGCGAAGCUGGAGCAAGCACAGCUGCGGCUACGAGACCUGCGUGAGGAGGCAGAGCAAGUGCGACGCGACUGUCAGGAAAUGAUCAGGCGCUACCAGGAGUCCGAGGAGAUUAAGUCUGUUUCCUUGGAUCACCAGCUUAAGGAGAAGCUGUCUGAGCUUGAGGAGCAGAAGAUGGAAAAAGAGAGCCAAGAGGAGGUUUACCAUGUGAUGAAGCAGGAACUGGAAUCGCUCAAGAGGAAGCACAAGAUGAGCAUUGAUGAGAACAACAGCCUCACUAUGAAGAUACACAACCUCGAGAAGGAACGCCUCGAAUAUGAGCAGACAUUGAGUAAGCUCAAGGAAAAGCUCAACUCCUUGAAGCAGGAGAUCGUUGACCUGAAUGGGAAGCUUGAUGAGAAGAGGAAUGUGGAGCUUCAGCUGGAGAGGGAGCGAGAGAAAGUAAUGGCUUCACAGCAGGAAGUAGAGCGUCUGCGGCAGUCAGCUGCUGAGAUGCAAGCUGACAUGGAGGCCUGCCAUCUGAAGGAGGGAGAGCUGCUGGAGUUCACAGAGCGCCUCACCACCAAGAGCGUCCAGCUGCAGUCUGAGCACAGCCUCCUGGAACUCAAGGCACAGAACCUAGAAGAGCAGAAUAGCAAGCUGACACAGGAAAUUGCGCAGCUCAAGAAGCAGAAUCGAGAUCUGGCAUCUAGCCUUGAGGCUGAGCAGAAGCAGCGUCAGCAAGAAACACAGCUUCUGGCACGCAAGCUAGCUGAAAAGACCAAAACAAUUGAGAAGUUGACAACACAAGUUCAAGAUGCUGAAAAUGAACAAAGAGUGAUGAAGAGACGACAUAUUUCAAGCAUCAAGGAGCUGUCUCGAGAGCUGCAGCUGACUAAGAAGCGACUUGAGCAGCAGCAGGAUGCCCAAGGUAGCCCUCGCCAGGGUUCUGCACCUGAGCCUCUUGGCUUGGGCUCACGCACCAGCUCCACAGCUUCACUGGAGACCCUGGGGUCAGGACCAAGCCAGGUGGCAAGCAACCACCCCACAGUCACCUUCGUCAAUGCAGGGAGAGCCACUGUUCCGCCCAAGGAAUCACGCUUGCAUGCUGCUGCUGUGACUGUGCUGAAUGGUUCCAGUCGAAGCUGUGUUGGAAGUCCUGGAGCAUCUGGUGCGAGCAGUAGUGGAUCUCCUGAACAUGCACAAGCAGCCCCUGCACACCUUGAGCUGGACAAGCAAAUGCUUGUGGAACGCAUUGUACGGCUACAGAAGACCCUUGCACGGCGCAAUGACAAGAUUGACUUCCUUGAGGAACACAUCAAACAGCUGCUGGUUGAAAUGAAAAAGAAAUCCAAAAUAAUCCAGAAUUAUAUAACAAGAGAAGAAUCUGGUGCAUUGGUUCCCACCAGCAUGGACUGUAAUAAGGCUGAGAUCUCCAAGAAAGGAGGCAUUAUGGCAUCAGUGUACAAUAGCCACGCCGUCGACACAACUAUGACUCUGGAGCUGUCCCUUGAAAUCAACCAAAAGCUCCAGGCAGUCCUUGAAGAUACAUUACUGAAAAACAUCACCCUUAAGGAAAAUAUCAACACCCUUGGUGAGGAGAUAGCAAGGCUAAGCAGGGACCAUCGCCUUGUUGAUGCAACGCAGUGCCGGCAGAAAUGAAAGGAAUAACUGUAUUUUAGUAGAGACAGCCGCCGACUGCCUCAUGUCAAAGUGAGGCUGUGGGAAUCGGCCCUUUUGUACAUAGUCUAGUUUGGCAGUGUCCCGUUCCACUCUGCCACCUUGCAAGAUUGUGGUUAUGAAUGCAAACGAGGCCUCUGGUCUUUAGUGCGCUGUAGAAUGUGAAUGUUCAGGUAUUAAGUUUAAGCAAUGGCAGUACUGCCAUUCUAUUUUGUUGUCAACUUUCACUGUACAUUGUCACAUCUUUGUGCCAUGUGCCUUGGUAGAAUGUGUCAAUGAGGCACGAACUGGCCAGUUUGUGCAGAACUCCAUAACACUGAUUGCACACGGCAACAUCAUUUAACAGCUGUGCCUGUGCUGAGCUUUGUCAACCGAGUCAGUUAUUCACCUCCUUGACAUUAUCCUUUAUUGUGCAUGCUGACGAGUCAUUUGUGCUUUUCUCUCCUUGAGAAGGAACAUGUUCACAACUGUUAUGAACACUUGUAAAUGAUCAGAACAUCUUGGCAGUUGUGAUACUGAGCUUGAGCAGGACUGUUCCUUAUAUUUCGUUUAGUUGGAAUGACAGCUACUGUUUUCAUUCAGUGCAAAUUAAGUACCACUUGUUGGACUUCCAUUAAGCAGCUUCACACAUUUUCAAGAACUUGUUUUUCAAUGCAUCUAUACCUCUGUUGACACUGUUAGCUCUGUGCUGAACACCUGUAUCGUAGCAUAAUCGCUUACUAGAAGGUUUUAUAUAUGUAUACUAAACAAAUGCUAUAUACGUGUGUGUAUAUAUAUAUGUAUAGAACAUAUAGCAUACUUUAUUAAGCAAAUUAUUGAAAUAAAUUUAAUGAGAGUGGAUGACAAGGAAAGGACUAAUGAGCUCUGUAAAUGGUGUUUGUUGUGCCAUCUAGCAAAUAUAGACUUGAUCCAUACGCUUGCAUGUUGAGUUUGUGUUAUCAGCUGUUUAUACAAGCUUAAAUUAAGGUAUUCUGGAUAAUCAUAUGGCAUUUCUCUCUUGUGCACUUCUAAACGACGAAGUUGCCAACAGUUAUAUAUGAAGGACAUCUGCUCAUCAACCAUCCUGCCUGAAACAUUAUUCAAACUCAUUAUUGUGGAACAGUUUGCCUGUCUUUGCUGCAUUUUUUCAUUCUGCAACUUUCCUGCUAAUGACUGGUUACUUGUUUGUUAAUAUUACUAUCAGAAUAUCAAAGAUGGCAUGUUUUGCAGUCUUUGGCACUGGGAUGUCAUGUUUGUGUCUUUUGUUAUGCAGAAGCCUGUGUGUUGGCCCGACAGCUUUGUGCUGAUUUCUGGAUACGGUUCCCAGAUUUGCUGUCAUGCUUUCUUGAGGCACUUGCCAGCUAUCAUAUUCGCUGUGUUCGCACUUAGUUGGGCUGGUUAGUUCCUGUACUUGGCAUUAUAGGGAAUAAAUGGAGUUAUAAGGGUGCCAAGUAUAGUAUGAAACAUCGGCUCAAGCAUAUUUUCUUUAGAAAUUCACCAUAGAAAAAAAUUAGAGAUUCAGACAUGGACAAAAGUGAAGGGAAGCAGACAGCACAAAACAUUUUGCUUUACUUGUCUCCGUGUCGGUGCACCUAAGUACUUUUUCUUUGAGGAAUCUCUAGCAACUAGCUCAACUUUCUAUUAUUCUAUCCUUCAUCAGCAGGGUCUGUCCUUGUUAUGACUGCUUGUACUUAGCAAGCCACUACAGCCAUAUGAACACUACUGGGUGUGCUAUAAGAUGAGCUCCAAAAGAGCUACUCUGUUUUGCAUGAUUUCAUAUUUAAUUAUAAAAGUUGUUAGAUGCAAGUUAUGUGCUAAACUAUUGAUGAGUCAAAUGCUAAUGUGGCAGGUACUACAUUACACAUAUUGUGCAAAAGGUAUCAUUCCACCUGUCGUACAUAGCGCAGUGAAACUUUGAAAACAAGACAGUUUUACACGGUAUCAUUAGGUGGGAUGUUUUCACUUGUGUCUGGGCAAAUUUGUGCAUAGUUUUGUUAGCCUUGAACAUUUUGUGUUAUGUGAAUGUUCUGUGUUGAGUGUAUCAGACCAAAUGUUGCCACAUAGAAAAAACAUAUCUAUACUUUUUAUCUUUUUUCUUUUUCCCUCCUCUCCAGCUGCAGCAGCACAUGACGGCGACUUUUGUCAAUGAAUAUGGAGUGGCUUAGAAGUAUAGGGUUUUAUUUGUUCAGGAAAACCUAUCUUCCUAAAAUCAGCAUCAAACCAGUACAGUAACAGCAUGAAAGCUCUCGAACUUAAUUCUCAAGUAAGUCUCUUUGUCAAGGACAUAGCCUUCAUCUGCUUUUAAAACUGCAGGCCACGGCCUUAAAAUGGUGCACUUCUGUUGCCACACAUGGACAUUAAACCAUAGUAAACUACCUAUGAGCUCCCAUUGAUAACCUUGUCAAGGUGAACAAGCCAGGGCUGUUGUGUCAUUGUUGUCAAGAUAACCCAGGUAUAUCUAUGGUAGGCUUCUUUAGUGGGCAAGAUCAUAAUGAAUAUGAGUUUCACAACUUUGCAGUAUACUUACAUAAAAAGUGAUGCUUGGGGCACUACCUGCCUUCAUCUUCAUUGUUAAGCAUUCCUUCACCACUUUAGUUUUAUGGCUUAAUGGUUAGAUUUUACAAGCUUCAUACCAUCAAGUUAAUUUUUUUUUUACCUUUGUGCUACAUUUAUUCUUGGCCAUUAAGAUCUGUGGUCCUCAGUAACAAACCAUUGAUUCCUUAGGGUAUUCGUGUGCCAUUUUACUUUAGCAGACCCUUUUUCAUAAUUGUAAAGCUAGAUUUCCUGCAAUACAGUUAGCCCAACUAAUGGUGCCCAUUCACUUACUACAAAUAGCUUGUUCAAGUGUAGUUUGUGCUGUGACGCGGAAAACGUAUGAUCAGUUCUCUUUAUAUAAACAUGCAUAAUAGACAAGCCCCAGCAGGUGCAACUAGGACCUCGUUUCCACUUGAAGAAUGACAGCUGCUGUCAUUAGUUGGGUGAAUACGCAGCACAGGGAAGCAUACUUGCGGAUUAUGAAAAGGGUCUAUUCCUACCUUUACACUAUUUCUAGCCAUCUUUUACUGGACUUGUUCACAGAUUCAUUCCCCCAUCAUAUUUAAAGUCAAGGCUUUGGGCAAGUCUCCAAUUUUUGCCUCUAGAUAGAUAUUGUGACCUGCUAAUCCAAGUAUUGACGAUUUGUGUGCUAUUUCCCCACAAUGUACACAAAUAGUUAUCGGUGAAUUUCCUCUAACUUUGGUUUUCAGGAGUUGUCAGCCGUGCUACUCUUGAGUAAUGUAGUUAAGUAAUGCUUCUCAUUUAUUCCGAACCUAUUACUUCGUAUACAUGUGUAUUCAGCCUCUGUUGAAAGGCACUGAAGUAGAGGACCACUGUAUAAACAAAAUGUCAUUACAGUAAUUAUGAAGAAAUGCUGUUGAGAUGCAAUGACUAUGCUUCAGUCAAGGGGCAGUGCUAACCCUUACUCACUGGAGUCAACCAUGUACUGUGCAAUGUCAGUGCACGUUAAAGAGCACCAGAUGGUCAAAAUUUCCGGAGCCCUCCACUACGGCGUCCCUCGUAAUCAUAUCGUGGUUUUGGGACGUAAAUCCCCAGAUAUAUUAUCACUGGAGUCAAAAAGGUGCUUUGAGUUAAGGUAGACAUGUGAAUACAAGUAUUAUAUUUAGUAGCAACAGCUUCAGCAUGCAGCGUCAUCAGUGAUGAUCAGUUGAAAAUGUUAAGUUGUGGUUGCUAAAAAUAUAGAGGAAAAUGGACCCCAUGCAAAAGCUUUGAUUUCACGUGUAUUUUAUGGGGCACAAAGAAUUCACUGUUGAUAAAAUUCUCUAUUUUCUUAAGUUUUUGCGCAUGCAAUGCAAAAUGUGGACUGUUAAAAGUGUUUGUGCUGCUGCUAUUGCUGUUCUUUUGGUAUGCUAUGAAUUUAUGACACUAAGCACCUGGGUUACCUGUUUACCUCUUCUUCAGUCCCCACAAAUUAUGGCCACCAUGCACUCAUGUGUUGCAAGCAAGCUUCAGGUCAAGUGUGUAUUGAUUCUUUGAUGUGUAUUGUGCAUGGCGUGUUAGUAUGUAUAUGACUUGUAUGUCUGUGUACAGCUGAAGACAAAACAUUUUUUUAGCCAUCUGUGCUAUUUAAAAAAGUGGAGCUUAUCAAGGCCUAUGCAUGCAGCCUAGAGUCGUGCCGUGGUGCUCGCAGUCUCAAGGUCAUAGCUGUAACUUCAGGGUUCUGAGCUGUGUGAGAACAAUGCAAGGAAACUGAUUUCUCACAGUAUGCAGUCCACAAUAUACUUCGUACCCAGCGGUACACAAGCAUCGACCGUUAUGCAUCAAAUGUUGACAGCCGUAGGACGCGAGAAGUAUAGUGGUACUGUGUACUUCAAACAUUAAAGUUUUUAUUGCUUGAA